AAUGAAAUGCUCAACCGACAGAUCCAGAAGGAGAUCUGGCGGAUCCAGGACGUGAUGGAGGGGCUGAGGAAGAACAACCCGUCCCGCGGCACGGACACUGCCAAGCACAGGGGUGAGCAGGGCCCGUCCCUGCCUUUGCAUGGUGCAAACCCGGGGGCUGCCACAGCGUGGGGCCUUGUCUCGGGCUCCCAGGGCUCGCCCACCAAGCCAGGACCCGGUGAGGAACCAGGCCCACCUCGACCUCCCCUCCCCAAGUCCUACGUACCCCUGGAGUCUCCUCCGACCGUUCCUCCGCUCCCCGGCGAGAGCCGCCUCUGGCCGUACCCCACCUCCCCUUCCUGGCAGCAAGGCGGCGAGGCGAAGAGGGGACAGCCCAAGGCGAGCUUUGAGCAGAGCAAGAAGGAGGUGCAGCGACCGGCCCCCCACGGGCCCCCCACCGAGGGGCUCCCGCAGAGCCGGCAGGAGCAGGAGGCGGAGAAGCAAGCGGCUCUUAACAAGGUGGGCAUCGUCCCCCCCAGGACCAAGUCUCCAGCAGAGGAGGAGGUGGUGCCCGCAGCCCCUGUGCCAAGGAGGAGCACCGGCAGCAUGGCCAACGGGCUCAGCUCUCGGGAGAGGCCGAAGAGCGCAGUGUUUGCCAACGAGACGAAGGUGAAGAUGAGCGUGGAGGAGCAGAUCGACCGCAUGAAGCGUCACCAGAGCGGCUCGAUGAAGGAGAAGCGGCGCAGCCUGCAGCUCCCCGGCAGCCAGCAGCCCGACGUCCCCGGCACAAAGGCAACCACCUCCUACAAAGUGGUACGCCGGCACCGCAGCAUCCAUGAGGUGGACAUCUCUGACCUGGAGGCAGCGCUGCGCUCCGAUGACCCUGGCAAGGUCUAUGAGACGCCCCAGGAGGAGAUCGCCCGGCUGCGCAAGAUGGAGCUGGAGCCACAGCACUACGACGUGGACAUCAACAAGGAGCUCUCCACGCCGGACAAAGUCAUCAUCCCCGAGCGGUACGUCGAACUGGAGCCUGACACGCCGCUCAGCCCCGAGGAGAUGAAGGAGAAGCAGAAGAAGGUGGAAAGGAUCAAGACCCUCAUUGCCAAAUCCAGCCUGCAGAAUGUCAUCCCCCUGGGCGAGGGGGAGGUAGAUGCCCCCCAGGACCCUGAGACCCAGCUGCAGGA